AUGUCAGACUACUUGUCUUUUGAACUUCAAGUGGAAAUCAUUAAAAGACUUCCAGUUAAGCCAUUGCUUCAAUUUAGAUCUGUCUCAAAACGAUGGAAGACUUUGAUGGACAGUUCUAAGUUUAUUGUUGUUCAAACCGCUGGCCAGACUCAGUUAAACCAUCUUCUUGUAUGGUAUGAAGAUUGCUAUGUAGAUCUUGGAAAGACUGGGAAAACAAUUGUUUCAUUUGUUAAUGAUGAAACUUUAGAGUCAAUUUUUACUCGCCAGGAGAUUGAUCCGACUACUCUUGGGCUUGCUAAACAUUACAAGGAUUUACGAGUGGUUGGCAGCUCUAAGUGA